AUGGAUUAUCAUGCGAUUCACGGUUAUGAUAGAGCAAGCUUUGACACACCAAGCACACACCGACUACCGACAGUAUCAGCUUCACAGGCCCUUGACGACAUUGGAUGUGACGCGUCAACUCACAUACCAACUGGUCUCGAAAGCCUGGAUCGUUCACUCCUAGGUCCUGUAGCUUUCGACUCGCAAGAUGCAGCGGUAAAAGGUGGUGUUCAACGAGGCCAAGUGACAGAGAUUUGGGGACCUCCGGGUUCCGGCAAGACAGCAUUGGGCCUACAGCUUACAGCGAAUGCGCUAUGCAAUGGUGAUGCAGUAGUCUGGAUAGAUUGCUUUCAGGCUCUGCAGCGAGACAGGCUGAGGACGGUAACAAAAGCUGCCCAAGCUCGUCGAAAUGGUCCAUCAUCCACAGAAGUUGAGGCAAUACCAGCUCGGGAGGUUGAUGCUUCUCAAUUCUACCAGUACUCCUGUUUUACACUUCCUCAUUUGAUUUCUCUCGUGUCGAGACCUACGACAAAGCUGAUACCUACGAAUACUUCGCUUGUAAUAAUCAGUUCAUUCUCAGCACUGGUCAAUUCAGCUUUGCCUAAAUCUAAUGACGGCAAGUCUACUUCUACAGGUAGCAAAGGUCUUAGUCCGUUAGUGAAACGCAGACAGGCAUUGCAAUCAAUAAUGAGUGCACUUCAUAAGCUCGCAGCGACUAGGAAUUGCGCGAUCGUCGUUCUGUCUCAAUGUGCAACCAAAAUGCACUCGGAGAGGGGUGCAACACUCACAGCCGCAAUCAAUGCCAACGUAUGGGAACAAGGCAUUUCGACCAGACUUGUCACGUUUCGGGACUGGGUCUGGCAGGAAAAUAGUCUCACGAGCGUCUUCCUCGCAGGCCUGCAGAAAGUUGAUGGUAGAGUAUGUCAGGAGGCUGUGGAGAAUACUGUCGCAUUUAAAGUGGAGUUGGACGGUACGGCCCAGGUUCCCUAUGAAGCGUUACAGUCUUUCGAAUUAGCCCGGAAUAAGCGAAAGCUUGGAGAAACCGAACUCGAGGUGCCAGACAGUGAAGAUGACGAGGAUUACGGAUGGGCAGAUGAAGACGAAGCGGCCAUGCCGGCGCCGCCACCCCAGUGGCAAGGCAGCGAAGACCUCAUCUUAGGUCAAGACGUCGGACAUAGCGAAGAAGAGAACAGCGAGCACGACGAGCCUGGCACCGACGAUGAAUCGGACACGAAAUGA